UUCUCCUAUAAAUAACUGCUAACUUUAAAUAGAAGACUGGAUAUACUAUAAAAUAAAUAAUUCAAUAAAAUAUAAAAACUAUUAAUAAACACUAGAACUGAAAUGCUAAAAAAAGUUAUUUUAUCCUUAUUAAUAACAUUUAUUUUACUUCAAAUAGUGAAAUCUUCGAAAUGCACCUGUAAUUAAGGAGAUUUUUGCUGUUGUCCAAAUAGUAUGCAAUGCUGCAACACUCCUGGAAAAUGUUGCUGUGUAAACUAGUAUGGUGAGAUACUCCAAUCUCUGGCUCAUUAAUUUGUCCCUACAUUGUCUGUUUAAGAAAAACUAUCUAAUAAAAAUAACAAUCUAUAAGGCCGUUGUGCUCCUGAUUGCUUUUUUGGAAAUAUUUGUGGUGAUUAUUGUAGAUGUGAUUGGCCAAAUUGCACUGAAAUUAGACCAAAAAUUGAAGAAUGA